AUGUCGUCGAAGCUGGGCUUGGUCAAUCGAGGAAUUGUCGGCUACACUGGGGCUAUACCGAAUGCCUCGUGUUACCUACUUGAAACAAAGGGAAGCACCAAGAGAACAGGGCUUGCCUUGGCGGACAGUCCCAAGAACGAGGGACAGGAAUCAGUCAACAACAGUCACAUCGUUUCAUUGUACCGGAACCACUAUGGAGCUUACACUGGCUACCAGCGACCAAACAAGGAGGGCGGUGGAUACUGGUUUUCUCAGCGAGCGCUCGGUGAUGCCCUUCCAUUCACAGCUGUGUCUACGUACACAGCUGAAAUCGACCAAUCUGGACAGAAGGCGCUCGGAAGUUUGAAGGCCGGCAGGACAUCUGCAGAAGGACUUUCUGAAGGGUGCCCUUCCCGUGGCUCAAGCCCGACAAAAACAUCUGUGCCAUCGUGGAACGGGGAGGCAUUGGGGUACCAGACCGAGUACGGAUCCAUGGUGAUGAAGGAUGCCCUCACAGGCGGGGCGGUUUCGCCGGGCUGCACACGAAGCCGAAAGGAUACAGAGGAAGGGGACGGCAACAGGUUCAAGGUCCUGCCCCAUGCCAUGCUGCCCAGGAUUCAAACCUCAACAACUUACCAUGACAAUUACGGCACAUGCGGAUCAGAUCCCCUGGCCAGAAGCGCACCCAACGAGCAGGAAAUGACUCGAACUGCCUCUACAAUUAACCUGGCUCACGGAACACCGCGGAACACGUACCACAUCCCAGGCUACGGUGGGUUCAUUCCGGAAUCCACCCACAACAAACUUGCUGUGACGCAAGCUGAGGGCCAGCACACUCGAAUCGAUGCCAAGAUCGACAUGCUGUUGUCAACUUCUGUUGACCAGUACAGCCGCGGCAGGCUCCCGGGAUACACGGGAUGCAGGCCCCGGGACAGCAAGAAUAUCAAGAUUGACCAAAUGCCCCGAGGGCUGCCUUUGGAUGUAGACGGAAUGGCAAACACGCCCGGCGGGCGCAAAGGAGUUAUGAGUUUCUUUACAGGAGGCCCCGGGAACGGAGAGGCCGAAGCGCAGCUUUACUACCACGACCUGAAACCUCUCGAGGGCUUGCCGAAAAUCGAGGUGCCUUCCAAAACCACCCUCUACGGUGCUCGAUUCAACGGAUGA